AUGGCGGCUCUGAACCUCAAGAGCCUCGCCGCCUACCUCGGAAAAACAGAGGCGUCGGCGGCGCUCGCGUCGACGGUCGUCGACGCCGCCGACGCCGCCGCCGACGCCGGCCCGCUCGUGGUGUUCUACACGAACUGCCAGGGGCGCGGGCUCGCGUACUGGCUGUCAAAAUCGCCCGAAUUCAAACGAUCGUACCCGCGCGUGCGUUUCAUUGCUGUCCACGACCUCGUCGACCGCCGCGCGGAGGACUUCACGCCGGCUCAAAAAGCCCUGCUCGGCGCCUGCGCCCUGGUCGUCUACCAGCCGAUCGGCGCGAAGCACGGGCGUUUCGCCACGACGGAGUCCGGCGCCUGGGCGCUGCUCCCUCAAAAAGCGAAGCGCGUCGGCUUCGCGUACUUGUACGACGAGUGCUGCUUUCCGCUUUACAUGACGCGCGGUGCCGUCUGCGCGCGCGGCGCCGCGGCGGUCCGGGCGGCCGUGGCGCGGCGCGCGCGCGCGCACGACGAGACAUUCGUGGAGGCCGCUCGGGCCGUCCGCGCGUCGCUCAAGCGCGGCACAGCCGACAGCGACCUCUUCGAGCUGCGCGCACGGACGGCGGACUCGCUGGCGAACCUGCGGCGGCGCGAGGCGCCGCUCGACGUCCGCGUCGCCGACGUCGUCGAGGCGGGCGGCCGCCCCGCGUCGCCGCUCUUCCUCACGCAGAACCACCCGGCGACGGCGCUGCUCGUGGCCUGCGCGGACCGCGUCCUGCGGGUGCUCGGGUUCAGUGCGUUGCCGCGGGGGGCGUACGAAGACGCGGGGCCGAACGAGGCGGGGAUCCCGGGCCGCGUCUUCCCGCCCUGUGUUUUUGAUCGGCCGCACCGCAUCGUCGGCGCGGCGCCGGCGCCCGUGCCUGAGUUCUACCUGGAGCUCUUCGACCGCGUGGUUCGUGAGAUGUGUGCCGGCGACUAA